AUGCUGAUAGCUCCUUUUGUUGCUUUUACUUUACAAGAAAGCAAAGAUCUCAAAGAAAUACUUAAUAUUAUAAUAGAAACCCAUAACGAAGUUUACGAUUCCAAAUGCAAACUUGUCCUUCAAAUCUCUUUAUCUCUGGGUUCAACUAAAACUCAGUUAACAUGGAAUGAGAAAUUACAAGCAUAA